GCACGCAGCCCUCCUCUACUUGACUCGGAAUCCAACAGCACGAAACGAACGCACCGCUCGCUUCCGCCCCUCCCCAACCUGCGUACCCUCCCCCCACCGCCGCGCCGCCCGCCUCGGCUGAACGACGGCCGGGCCCUCUCGGCGGCGGCGAUCGACGAUGGUGGUGGCCACGGAGGAAAUGGCGGUCUACUGCUUCGACACCCUCGUCGCCCACUACAGCGGCGAGCAGCCGCCGCCGCCCGCCUUCGAGGAGGGCGUCCACCCACUGUUUGUCACCUGGAAGAAGGCUACCAAUGGUUCCGAGCCACGCCUAAGGGGAUGCAUUGGAACUUUGGAGCCCCGUCAGAUUGUAAGUGGCUUCAAGGAUUAUGCGCUGACAAGUGCCCUGAGGGAUCGGCGCUUUUCUCCGAUACAGUCCAAAGAGCUGCCAUAUUUGGAAUGCACAGUUUCUAUAUUGACUGAAUACGAAACUGCACUCAACCACCUUGAUUGGGAGGUUGGAAAGCAUGGUUUAAUUAUUGAGUUCACCGAUCCUGACUAUAAUGUAAGACGGAGUGGAACUUAUUUACCUGAGGUUGCUGCCCAUGAAGGAUGGACACAACUAGAGACCAUUGACUCGCUCAUGAGGAAGGCUGGCUACAAUGGCACCAUCACUGAGUCUUUGAGGAAGAAAAUCCGCGUCACCCGCUACCAGAGUACCCUGUACACCAUGCACUAUGGUGAAUAUACUGCAUAUGUCAAGAAGAACAGAGGUGAAAUUAACGGGGAACCCAUAGUUAAUGGAUUCAAACCAGGCCAGUGAUUUAUCUGUACUGUAGCAGGUACUACAACUAUUUAUAAUUUGGCUUGGAAGGAAUUGGCGUGAGAAUUAGUUUAAAACAAAUCAAUUCUAGUCAUUGAUCUGCCAUCAUGCCAUUUCAUUCCAAAGAAUGUGGGGUGCCAUGUCAACAGCCCUCGUGUCAUUCUGGGACACAAAUUAAAUGGUGAUGGUUAUGUAUCUGUAAGCAUAUGCACUUUGAUUACAAAUAAUUGUGUGAAAUUAAUUGAUUUAAAUUGUUCA